AUGGACAGCCAGGACGGGAAGGUGGUGGUGUGCGGCAACAGCGCCGGGUUUGUGAAGUGUGGAUAUGCAGGCUCUAACUUUACAGAACACAUCAUCCCAGCUUUGGUUGGAAGACCUGUUACCAGAUCAACCACCAAAGUGGGAAACAUUGAACAAGGAUCUUACGAUUUGAUUGUGGAGAGCAUAUCUGACGACGAGGAUUUUGCAGAUGAGGAGGUGGCAAGCAGGCCCUGCCCUCCCCCAGUUGUAGUCCCAAGCUCGCUCAUUGGACAGGAUAGACUGGGCACCCAGGCCUCAGGGCAGUGGCUGGGGGAGCGUCAGGAGGGCGUGGAUGAAAGCUCAGAAUCCAGCUUGUGGGUCCUAGCUCUAGACUUCCCGACUCCCAGGUUCCCCAAAAGCCCCUCACCAGCCAUCAGCUGCUCCCCCUGUCUUGCCCGUUGGGUCCUGGGGGUGAUGGCUCUGCGGUCGCCUGCCCAGAGAGUGCACCACUCCCCAUGCUGCCCCCCACCUGGCUACACCCUGAAAAAUGUACCUUACCAAACCGUCCCACAUGCGCAGCCUGAGAAGUGGACUGUGCCUUGCUGGCAGCAGACCAACCAGCUGCCUAGCCCUGCUCAACUCUGCUUCUGCACCCCUAUAACUCCCUGUCAACGCUGGCCCACACCUGACCAGCCAGCCAGCACCCAGAAGGGGGCCCAGCUUCCAGAGAGGAGGGCGCUGGCCAGGGUGCUGACCGAGGUGGCAGACACAGCCAACCAGCCCGUCCCUCAGCGCUCCCUCUGCAGGCCUCCAUCCUGUUCCCACUGCACAGAACUCGGCGGGGAGACCCAAAGCGACUUUCGGUCCCCAAGGCGCCCGCCCGAUCCCUACAAUGAAGAGGGCGUCUGCUGGAGGUUAGUGUCCGUGGUGGGGGCCUGGGCUGGCAGUCAGGCCCUUGGAUGGGGAAACAGGCAGGUUAGUGGGAGCCUAGAAGAGGCGGAUGGGGCAGGUGGAGCCAUAGAGAUUCCUGUUCCUGAGGCCACGGUGCCAGGUGUGGCCCCCGUGGGUGCUGACUGGCGGCUGUGGGCAGGGUGGCAGGUGGGCAGUGGUGAGAAUGCCUUCUCCUUACAGGUUCCAGGCCCUGAUUUCCUGACCCUGGGGGACGACAACAUCCGUAGCCUGAACUUUGUGUCUGAGCGGAGCCUGGACCUCCCUGACUAUGGGCCCAGGGACCUGCACACAGCCUACCAGCCAUCCCCGUCAUUCAGCACCUCUGAUGCCUUCUGCACUUUGUGCUCCCUGAGCCUCAAGGCCUCAAGCUGGCGGGGUGGGGACCACGUCGCUCUGCAGCCCCUGCGCUCCAAGGGUGGACCCCCCCAUGCCCCACUGUAGCAUCUUUGCCCCCAUGCACUGCCCAACGGCAACAGCAGCCUGUCCUAUGAUAGCGUGCUCAACCCUGACCCACCUGGUGGCCAUGCCUGCCCCGCCCAUCCAGCAGUUGGCAUGGCCAGAUACCACUGACCCUACCUGCACCCUAGGGCAACAGGUGACCCACCACGGCCCCUGCCCCGCAGCUUCAGCCCCAUGCUGGGCCGCCGGCCCCCGGAGCCCUCACCUGUGCACUACAACAACCUGUCCAGGGCCAUCAUGGCAUCCAUCCAGGAGCACAAGGACAGGGAGGAGCAUGAGUGCCUGCUGCGCUCCCAGGCCAACUCACUCUUCGGCGACUUGGGCGUCUAUGACGCGCCCAGCUUCUACACCCUGCAGCAGGCCAGUGUGCCGUGCCAGGGCCCCCGAGGUUCCGCGCUGCGUUACAGCUCCAGAGAGGACCCUGUGGCUGGGCCUGGCUUCGGCGGUGCCCGCAACCCUGCCCUGCAGACAUCACUGUCCUUGCUGUCCAGCUCCGUGAGCCGUGCACCUCGAAUGUCGUCCUCCCUGCAGGCUGAUAAGGCCAGCAGCCAUGCCCUGGGGCCCCGGUUCAGCAGUGACUCACACAGGUCAGUCACACUCCAGGGCCUGCCCUCCCUGACAGGCACUCCUGACUCACCGUCCUACGUGGGCCCCAGAGCUGUCGCUUUCAUCCACAUGGACCUCCCAGAGCCACCGCCCUCACUGGCUGUGCAGAGGGACCACCCUCAGGUGAAGACUCCCCCAGGUAAGCUUAAUGGGCAGUCCCCGGGCCUGGCCCGGCUGGGACCUACCACCGGCCCCCCAGGGCCCUCUGCCAGCCCUACACAGCACACGCUGAUUAAGAAGGUGUCCGGCGUGGGUGGGACCACGUACGAGAUCUCGGUGUGAGGACUGACCACCACCCAUCUGCUGUGGUGCCACGGGGACCAGGACCCCGCAGCGCAUCCCCCUCCCCACCAACUUCUCUGCCCCAGGAACACGAGGCCACCCUAGCCUGGUAUGGACCCAUCAGCGGGAGAGAGUGCCACGCCUCCACACCUUGCCCCAGGCGCCCUGCCUGCCCGUCCACUCAUCUGGCCAUGGGGAAGUUGGCUCACUGGGACAAGGGCCGCUGGGCUGGUCUGUGUCUGGGCCUGUCCCAUGGCUAGGGCAGUGAGGGGGGCCUAGUCAGCCUCUUUGGGGCACCCUCUCUCAGCCAGGCUUGGCCCACUCCCAUCACCCAUGCACCCCAGAUCAUUGCCAGGCCAGCCCCCAACGGUCCCUUUACGGCCGGGUCCCAGGGAUGGACAGAGGCAUCCAGGGCCUCCGCUGUCCUUCCGACACAGCCUGUGGGCUCCCGGACCGAGUGUCCCCGCCAGGCUACUCCUAACUAACGCGUUGCCUUUCAUGGACCCCGCUGGGAGCUCGUAGCUUGGCAAGGCUUAUGCUUCUGCUCUGGCCUGUUCUGGGUGGUGGUGGAUAGGUGGACAGAUGGCCAGCCAUGUGUCAGUGUUCCAGCUGCCACUGUCCCUUUCAUCAAAGCCUCAACCUUUGCUUUAUGCUCUUGUGGGAAGUGACGGGGCAGACGGGAGCAGACACAGGGAUGAUGCUGCCACGGGGCCUGUGACACCCAGAGCCCCCUCCCCAGCCCUCAGGCCCUCCCUGCCAAACUGGAGAACCCUGCCCCAAGGCAUGCCACGUCCCCAGCCCUGGCCUGGCUGUGGUGCUCACGCCAUGGGAAAGCACACUGGGGAGGGGUUCGUGCUUCCUUUGGUGUCAGGGACCUGAGAAUAAGCACAACGACAGCAUCCACCUGCGUUGUGUCUGUUUUAUGUUUUUAUAUCUACAUCUAUAUAUCUAUAAUUUUAUU